UCACUUAAAUUUAUGCCGAUCGCCUUCCACAACAAGGGCAGUUACGAACCUCAUGAUCAUCAGAAAGAGAACCUGGUGUAAAGUCAUAUUUGAUCGAACUAAGCCUACAGCAUUUGGUUUUCAUUUUGCUCCUCAUCUGUCCAACAGACCACAGUCCUCCGCUUGAACUCCUACUUAUCGUCUUGUUAGAGGAUGAGCAGCUUUUCGAAGAUGACCACCCAAAGCUUGAUCCCACCCACCUCGAGGGAAGGCUUCCAAAGACUGUUGAGCCGACCGAGUGAUGCUCUGAUCCCGUUCCUGAACAGCAUCUUGGCCGGCAGGCUUACAGCGACGAUCACCUCGAUCGCGGACACUGUCCAAGUCAUCCGUUCGGCCCCAGUCAUGAGCACUACUGCCACCAAUCAGCCAGAGCGCAUCUCUCAAUCCCUCGAACAAGAAUUGAGGAUCUCUGAGCUGCAGUCGUCUCAUCAUCACCAACAAUCAUCCUCACAACCAUCCAAUCCAACAGAGGAUCCCGAUCGUGAGGACAAGGCCGAGGACUCGGGUACGAUCUGUUAUGCGCUGGUGGCCAGGACCGAUAAAUCUGAACAGAUCGAUGUGGAGAUCCAAGUGGCUUCACGAACCUUGCACCAGAACGAACCCGAGAUCUCAGGUGCUCGAAUGGUUUCUAGGCAUGAUUCCUAUAUGAAAAUGAAUCGAGUAUACACGAUCACGAUCUGCGAUGUGCCGUGGCCGGAGAUGCGCUUCCCGAUCCCCUCCUCGCUCGACAACCGAUGGCUCUUCUGGCUCAGUCCACAGUGGCGCGGCUUGGGAGGGACAAGCGGGAGCGCGGGUAGAAGCUUCCCAGUAGUCGACCCGGCCAUCCAACACUGCUUCGUCUCCCUCGCCAUCUUCAGAACCGUCUCCGCCGACAACGUCCUCGAUCAGCUGGAAAAAAUCCUCUGGGUUUUCGCGAAUGGCGGGCCCAAAAGAGUCCCACGCGCCUUGCCUGAUUGGGUCCAAGCCGACCCGACCGCGACGCUCUUCGUCAAUCUGCUUCUCCAUAAUAACGACCAUCAGCUUGGCGGUGGGCUAGAGAAAGGUGCCUCGGAUGUUCCCGAAAUCAAGCACUCUUCUCCAGUUUCUUAAUUAAGAUGAUCGAGGUCCAGCAAACAAUCAAUACAAUUACCAUGAACCCUCGCUCACUCGAUUCCCCCUUCCACAAUACCGAAAAAAAAAAAUACUCACUCCCCCAGUAUAUACACAGACUUCCAAAAGACUUGACACUUGUCCUCCCCCAUCUGCCUUUCUUUUCCUUCCUUGUCAUUCAAAAAAAAAAAAGCAGGUUGAUCUUGAGCUGAUCAGAACUUUGGGGUUUUAGUCUCUUCUACUAAAGCCUCUGUUCUCUCUCUCUCUCUUCCUACAUUACAUUUCUUAUCUCAAGUUACCACAUUUUGAUAUCUCGUUGUUUGAGUUUUACUCCCCGAAAUCGUGGGGUUGUUAUAUGUACUGAUAGAAGACCUUAAUGUACCCCCCCCCCC